GUAAUGGCGACGCCUUCCGAAGUCUUGACGUGUUUUGAGCAAUAGAAAGGAUAUCAUGAGAUGAAGCGAACUAUAAGAGAUUUAUUUGCGUAAAUGUUCAUAAAUCCUUUCUUGACCUUCAGAAAGCUUAUUGGCUUGUCAAAAGUAAUUUAACGCUGCUAAACAACUCAAAACAAGAAAAAAACGAGGACAAACCGAAGACGACACCAAUCCUGACUCAGCGGACUUCCACAAAAUAGCGGGAAUUCAACAUGGCGGUCGACAGGCAAGGAGAGAACGAAGCUGCAAACACGAUUUCCAUUCUUGUUGCAUCAGACUGCCAUCUUGGGUAUAUGGAAAAAGAUCAGGUUCGAGGGAAUGAUUCACUGGUAACAUUCGAGGAAAUACUACAAAUAGCUAAAGAGAGGAACGUGGAUUUUAUUUUACUUGGAGGAGACCUUUUCCAUGAAAACAAACCAUCUCGAAAAACUAUGCAUGGUACCAUGUCAUUGUUCAGAAAAUACUGUCUGGGUGACAAGCCUUGCCAGCUGGAAUUUCUCAGUGAUCAGUCUGUGAACUUUUCCAAUUCCAGGUUUCCUGUGGUAAAUUAUGAGGAUCCCAAUUACAACAUAUCAAUCCCAGUGUUCUCUAUUCAUGGCAAUCAUGAUGAUCCUGCUGGGGAUGGGAACCUUUGUGCUCUAGACCUGCUUAGUGUGUGUGGGUUUGUCAAUUACUUUGGUAGAGCUCCAUCAAUUGAUGACAUCACUGUGUCACCCAUCUUGAUUCAGAAGGGUGGAACUAAGUUAGCACUGUAUGGUUUAGGAUCCAUCAGAGAUGAACGUCUUCAUAGAACCUUUCUGAAUCAAAAUGUCAAGAUGCUGAGGCCCAAGGAAGAUCCUGAAUCUUGGUUUAAUGUCUUUGUUCUACAUCAGAACAGGUCAAAGCAUGGUUUAACAAACUACAUUCCAGAAAAGUUCCUGGAUGAUUUUCUUGAUCUUAUAAUAUGGGGACAUGAACAUGAGUGUAUUAUAGACCCCAAGAAUGCUGAGGACCCAAACCUGCCAUUUUACAUCAGCCAGCCAGGCUCAAGUGUUGCCACUUCCCUCUCUGAAGGAGAAUCGAAACCUAAACAUGUAGGAAUUCUUGAAAUAAAAGAGAACAAACUCUUCAAAAUUACCAAGGUUAAACUUAAUACUGUGCGCCCUUUUUAUAUGGAAGAUGUGGUUCUAAAGGACACCGACAUUGACCCUACUCAGGAGGAUGUCAUGAUGGCCUUCCUGGUAGAUAAGGUGGAGCAGUUGAUUGAAAAGGCUGAACGUGAGCACACUGGUAAUCCUCGACAACCUGACAAGCCCCUCAUUAGGAUACGGGUGGAUUACAGUGAUGGAUUCACAGCAUUUAACAUCCGAAGAUUUGGACAACAGUUUGUUGACAGAGUGGCCAAUCCAAAAGAUAUUUUACUUUUUUACAGGGGAAGGAAACAAGGCAGAAAAGAUAAAAAGACUCAAGAAGACAUUCAAGUCCCUCACCUUCGUCCUGAGGUACUGGACACGAUAAGAAUGGAAGAUUUGAUCAAAGAACAUCUGAUGUCAAAGGAAAAUGCUUUGGAGUUACGCAUUUUAACAGAGGGGAGAAUGGCUCAGGCCCUGCGUGAAUUUGUUGAGAAAGAUGAAAAAGAAGCUAUAUCUACAUUGGUUAAGUGGCAGUUAAAUCAAGCACAGGAACACUUGAAGAAACGUCGAAAUAUUCAUGAGGGCAAUAUUGAGGUUGAAGUACUAAAACAUACAGAAGAAGUACGACAGAACGAAGAAGAAAAUGAAGACAAUGAUGCGGAAGAUAUAAAAAAGGUCCUGGAGGAGUCACGUGCCAACCAACCAAAUAACAAAAAUAAAGAUGUUGAUAUGAGUGGGAGUGACGAUGAGGAUGGAACAGCUGGGCCAAGCACUAGCAAAGGGAAACAAGGCAAGGGUGAUGCUGCUAACAUGUCCACAAGAGGUACAGGGGGAGGAAGAGGAAGAGGCAGAGGGAGAGGAAGAGGUGGGCGUGGCCAAGGAAGGGGGGCAGUACAAGCAGCUGCCAACACUUCAAGGACUAUCAUGGAUUCAUUCAGCUCAGCAUCCAAGAAAAGACGUCAACCAAGCAAGGAACAGGAAAUAAUUUCUGAUGACGAUGACGAUGAUGAAUUCAACAUUCCUUUGUCAUCUUCAGUAAAACAAAAGACAAAAACUACACAGCCAACAUCCCUAAGGGUGACGGGAGCCAGAAGCAAAAGAUCUGUUGUAAACACUCAGAAUGAUCAGAAUGAAAGCGAUUACUCAGAUGACCCAGAUGAUCCUUUCUCCAUGCAGCCAAGCAGUAAAAGAAGUAGAAGAUAACAACAGAUGAGUUCCAUUUUUUGAUUAGAGGUCGUCAAGUUGCAUUGCCUAUUUUUACAAAUGAACAAAUGUGACUGAGGAUCCAAAUUAUCACUACAACGUCAACUUUUGUAGCAUUGGAGAGGAAAGACUUUUAAUAUUAGCAACAUAUCAUUGGUUUUAGUAGAAAAUGGAAUGUAGUUAGUAAAUUAAAAUUGUUAGAGUCCUUGGAGAAUGCAUUACUAGCCCAAUAAUGAUAUUCAGGACUGUCCUUGAGUUUUAGUUCACCUGUAGCCUUGAUCUUCACACCCAUAGCAAACUUGCUACUUUAUGGGUGAAUUGUAUCAACUGCAGGCCAGU